AUGCUACGGAAAUGCAUUGAAGCCUCAGCGUUCUCCAGCCUCUCCCAGGGUUCGGUUUCGGGAACAGGCGCGGCUAACAGUCCUUUCCUUCUCUUUCCCGAAGAAGGUGAAUUGGAGAAUUUGACCAACACGAGCCUGGACAGCACACCGUCCUCGCUGCGGACUGCCCUCGAACAGCUGGCACCAUCCGAACCCCCGAGCGCAGGUCAAUCACCAGUGGAGAGCCAGAGAGCGCUGGCUGGAGGAGGAGAGGACAGGGAGGAGGAGGAACUCAGUGUCAGCCUCACCCACGGGUGCCUACCCUGGGAGGUCGCCAGGGACCUCUGUGAGAACACGUUGGGUAGGAGCUCACUGGAUCACCCCAUGGAGCCCAGCCUCAGGUGGGAUGCCAUGGCCCAGAACCAAGGAGCUUCCAGAGCCUCCGGCCUACCACCAACGGCCCUGAAAACCAGGCCGGCCAGUCCCAAAGCCUCACGGAUGAACCUGGGCCAGCCCACAACACCGCUGACCCCUCGCCGGAAGCUCAGCACGCCAAUGGAGUACCACGACACCGUGCCGGCUGAGUUCCAGGACAAGGCCCAGAAACCCCCGAAGGUGGCAGGGGGAGGGGACAGCCCUCCCCCGGUGGUGAGGAGGGCCAGUUCGGGCGAUGCUUCCUCUCCGGCUCAUUCCCGCUCUGGAUCCCGGGCCUCGGACAGGAUGAGGUACCUGGAGACAUUCCCAGAGCGGCGGCGGAGCUUCGAGUUGGCGGACGGGCAGCCGUGGCCCGGAUUCAGGAAGUGGCGUUCCUUCGACCACACGGAGCAGCGGGAGGGCAGGCUGCGGCCUUCCCUGUCCGAACUGCUGGACGGCGAGGGGCGGGGGGGCCUAAGGCCGGAGGGUGGGGCAGGGGCCGAGCUGAAACGCUCGCUCUUCCGGCAGAAAGCGGCUUCCUUCGACGAGCGCGGCCGCUAUGCCACGAGGGCCCGCGACGUCGAGCUGAAGAUCUCGGAGGAGCUGAGCAGGAUCAAGAAGACGGCCAUGAGCUCGACAGUGAGCAGGCCCGUGCUGCGGUCCCCAGUGCUGGAGCGUGCCGUUAACCGCGAGCUAUCAUCACGGAAAGCCGCCAGGGCGGUGACCCCCCCGGCAGAGGCACCGCGGAGCCCAGAGGGGUCAUGGUUGGAUAGUCCACGUAAACCACUGCAGCGAAGCCUAGCCACGUUUAGCGGUGAGCCAGAGGAUCUGGAGUCAGGCAAGGCCAGAGCAUGGGAGUCUGCCGUCAACUACCCAGACCAGGCUGAGGCAGGAGCAACAAACCUGGCAACCGUCAGCCAGCACGCCCAAUCUCAGCCUCCCAGCCGCCCCCAGCCUGUCGUGGAAACUGUCCUGAAGGUGAGGUCCACCUCCGAAGGCCGGGCCCCGGUUAUCGCCCCCGAUCUGCCCUCACUCUCCAGGCAGGAUGUCAAACCCUCGCCGCCCUUUCACAAGGAGAGCCCUGACUGGCUCAGGAGUAGGCCGGAGAGCCUGAGCCUCGGUGGCAGAGCGGAGUUGGGAGACGGUGCUCCGAGAUUAGGUCUGGCCCCCCUCAGCCCGGCCUGUACCGCCCCCCCCAUAGCCCCCAGUAGUGUGGCCGACACGGGAGUGAAGAGCAUCAGGCCUGAGGACAUGGAGGCAAGCUCCGCGGAUCUGAAAGAAGACACCACCACCCAGGUUCGGGAUAAAUCAGGCCGGAAAACUCCCAGAGGGAAAUCCAGGAAAUCUCGUCCCACUUCACCGGAGUUGGAAUCCUCGGAUGAUUCCUAUGUCUCGGCCGGUGAAGAUCCGUUAGAGCCACCAGUAUUUGAGAUUAGCAUCACCGACUCUGUGGUCACUGUGGGGGCGUCAGUCCUUCUGAAAUGUAUCAUCACUGGAACACCUAUGCCUCAAGUUGUCUGGAAGAAAGAUGGUGAGGUCCUGAAGUCGAGCCAGACCCACGUGCUGAAGGCAGAGGGAGAGAGACACACCUUGUACAUUCCCUCAGCGAGCACCCUGGAUGGGGGCCUGUACUCCGUCAGUGCGGCCAAUGAGGUCGGACUAGCCAGCUGCUGUGCGUCCGUCCAGGUGCGAGCAGACUCCACGGCAGACCGGAAAUCAUUGCCCCUCCCCACGGAGCUGUACAGUCCCAUCACGUCGGAUGAGGAGUACCUGAGCCCCCUCGAGGACCCCAUCGAUUUGACGUACAAGGGGAGACAGGCCCUGAGGCUACCAGAGAACCAACUGAGUAUCAUAGAGACCCACUUCAGAGCUCCACCCAGUUUUCAGGUGCCACUGAAUGACCAAGUCGCAGUGGAAGGACAGAACAUCAGUCUAACCGUGUGUGUGCUUGGACAGCCGAAGCCUAUCAUUUACUGGCUGAGAAACCGGGAGCCGGUGAAAAGUGACAGCCGCCAUUACGUGCUGGAGGGGGAGAACGGGCGGUUCCAUUUGAACAUUGUGGCUGUGCAGAGGGCGGAUUCUGGAAUGUAUACUUGUAAGGCCAUCAACGAGUACGGAACAAAACAGUGUGACGGCAAGCUGGAGGUCAAAGCCCGGCGUGAGGACCAGGCACUGACCAUCCUGGCUCCGUCCCGGGAUAUUACGGUGAACGCUGGUGAGUCUGCCUGCUUUGAGUGCGAGAUCCAGGCUCCUCCUGAUGUUGAUGUGGACUGGCUAACCAAUGAGAAGCUGGUCCAGCCCGCCCUCCUCAACUGCAAGAUGCACUUUGACGGCAAGAGGUGUAAGCUCCUCCUGAACUCGGUGCACGAGGACGAUACUGGGGUGUACACCUGCAAGCUCAGCACCGCCAAAGACGAGAAAACGUGUAGUGCUAAGCUGACUGUGCUUCCUUCCAUCGUCCCACUCUUCACCAGGAAGCUGGAGGAUGUAUUUGUGAUCGAGGGCAGAACGGCCCACCUGGAUGUGAAAGUGAGCGGGACUCCCCCGCCCACCGUCACCUGGAUGCACUACGGUGAGCGGGUGGUGGAGACGGAGGAGCUGCGUAUUGUGCGGGACCAGGGCUUCCACUCACUGAUCAUCCUUCACGCAGUCAGCGAGAAUGAGGGCGAGUACGCUGCUAUUGCCCAGAACCCUCAUGGUGACGCCUUCUGCUCAGCUGACCUCUAUGUUGAAGAGCCUCGCCCAGUGGUCUCCUCACCAAUGGCCAAACUGGAGAAGAUGCCAUCAAUCCCCGAGGAGCCGGAAGUUCCGGAAAACGAGACUGAGCGCUUCACCAUGCCGGACUUCAUUAAACCCAUCCAGAAUGUGGAAGUGACGGAAGGCAAGGAUGCGGUGCUGGAGUGCCAGGUGACGGGGCUGCCCUAUCCUGCCAUCACCUGGUAUCAUAAUGGUCACAAGCUGGACAGUACAGACGAGAGGAGAAUGACACAGUAUAAAGACAUCCAUCGCUUGGUCAUUCGCUGUGCUGACCAUUCUCACGCAGGAGUAUAUAAAAGUGUCAUAGCCAACAAGGUGGGGAAGGCCACCAGCUACGCCCACGUAUAUGUAUCCGAUGUGAUCCCGGACCCACCCAAUGGUCCCGCUGUGGUGGUGGCAGUGACGGGCAGGACUGUGACUCUCCAAUGGAACAAACCCAAGAAACUCGACCCAUCGAUAGAUCCUGCCACACUGACCUAUGUUAUUCAAAGCCAGGUGGUGGGCACACACCAGUGGCACGUCCUGAAAGCCAACAUCAAGGACACCAGCUAUACCAUCCAAUCGCUGAACAAAGGCAUCCAGUACGUAUUCAGGAUCCAGAGCACCACAUCAAAGAGCUGCAGCAAGCCCUCUCCCAUCUCAGAGCUUGUUAAACUAUUGGACAGAGGUCCCUAUCUGGAAGAAGUUCCAUGUUUUAUUGACAAACCAGAUGUAGUGUUUGCAGUGGAAGAUCAGAGCAGCUGUAUUACCUGUACACUGAACUACGUACAGGCAGAUGUGUCAUGGACAAAGAAUGGCGUGGAGUUGACCAAUAAACCUCGGGUCUACGAGCUAAGCAUGCCUGAUGAUGAUCAACAUAUGCUGAAGAUUGUGAAAGUUGGAAAGGCUGAUGUUGGAGAGAUAAUGGUCACAGCCAGAAACGAACAUGGAGAGGAUUCUUGUCGGAUAUCUCUGCUUCUGGCAGAGGCUCCGCGGUUUGAGUCCAUCAUGGAGGACAUGGUGGUGAGGCCAGAGGAGACAGCAAGACUGGCUGUGGUGGUCGAAGGGAAACCCUUACCAGACAUUCUCUGGUUUAAGGAUGAUGUGGUACUGAUGGAGAGCAAUCAUUUGUCCUUUGUUUACGAUGACAGUGAGUGUUCACUGGUCAUUCUCAAUACCACCGAGUCAGACAGUGGAGUCUACACCUGUACUGCAAAGAACCUGGCUGGAGAGGUGUCCUGUAAAGCAGAGCUGACCAUUCUGAAAGAGAAAAUUGGAAAUGAUGAACCUAUGGAUGAUGAGGAUACGAUCUUGCGGAAAAUGAGGCUGUUAUCUGAUUAUUAUGAUGUGCAUCAGGAGAUCGGGAGGGGUGCCUUUUCGUGCAUCAAGCGAGUGAUGGAGAGGAGCAGCAAGUUAGACUACGCCGCCAAGUUCAUCUCCUUCCGUGCUGCUCCGCGGGACGAGGCCGUGAGGGAGCUGGAGAUUCUGUCCCAGCUCGAUCACGAGAGGAUUGUCUUCUUCCAUGAUGCUUUUGAGAAAAAGAGCAGCAUUGUAAUUGUCCUGGAGCUCUGUGCUCAGGAGGAGCUGUUUGAUCGCUUGGUGAAGAAACCCAACGUCUUGGAAACCGAGCUGCGAUUGUAUAUCCGUCAGAUUCUGGAAGGUCUCAGCUAUCUCCAUCAGAACAACAUCCUUCACCUGGACAUUAAGCCAGACAAUAUCCUCAUGGCAGACACGACCAGCGAGAGCAUCAGGAUCUGCGACUUCGGGAAUGCUCAGGUGAUGACUCCGGACACACCACAGUUCUGUCAGUUCGGAACUCCGGAAUACAUCUCACCAGAGAUCGUCAAUCAGGAACCAGUCUCCAACGUUACCGAUAUCUGGCCCGUGGGAGUCAUCGCCUACAUUGGUCUGACUGGGAUCUCCCCGUUUCACGGUGAGAACGACAAGUCCACAUUGCUCAAUGUGAAAAAUUAUAACGUGGCUUUCGAGGAGAAUAUGUUUGUGAACCUGAGCCGGGAAUCAAGGGACUUUGUCAUCACCCUCCUUGUGGACAGCGCACAGAGACCAACUACAGAUGAAUGUCUCCAACACGCUUGGUUUUCAAGUAUCUUUACGGUGAAGGGGAAGGUGAUUAGCACCGAACAGCUGAAGAACUUGGUGUCCAGGCGACGGUGGCAGGUUUGUUUAUAG